CUUGUUGAUCUUCAAGACAACUAGAUUUCCUUAGUAAUCCUCCGUUCGCAAUACAAAAACACAUUGAUGUAAUUAUCUGGUUAGAAAAUAUUUGCAUGGUUUAGGAAGUUGAUUAACAAUUAUAAAUGUUUAAUCUCUUGAAUUUCAGUCUUAUAGGAAAUCCAGUGUACAGUGUUCUCUCAAACACGAACUACUGCCAACUUCAGCAGCAGCCUAAGCAACCUUACUCGACAAGCUUGGCGAAUUACUUGAUAAGCUUAUUUUAAAUUCAAAGUAGCUUUAGUCAGAAGGGUAACUUUCAUUACAAAACCUGUUUAUAACUUAAUCAUAAAUGGUUGGAUCAUUGGCAGUAUGUAUGGAGUCUUAUACUAUAGGCUUAACCUUAAAAGGAUUAGUCCUUUCUGUGGGAAGUGGAUGAAGAAUAAAUAGUACAAUAAAUAGUAAAAGGUUGAAUGAAUCUGAUUAAAAUUGUGAACUCUUACAGGUUGCAUUCAGGACCAAGGUAUUCCAUCCCAAAAUAAACAGUAAUGGCAAUAUUUGCCUAGAUAUACUGAAAGAACAAUGGAGUCCUGCUUUUACUAUAUCCAAGAUAAUGCAUGCAUGGACAUAUUUUUCUUCUUCUGUUUCAUGAUAUGAUAUGUUGUAUAAAUGCUUAUUGUUAAAGCUAAUGAUUUUAUGCAGGUGCUGCUGUCAAUAUGUUCAUUGCUAACAGGUCCUGCUGUCAAUAUGGCAUAUAUGAUGGAUGGUGAUGAUGAGUAUAUUCAAGCAUCUAAAGGGAAGAAUGUUGAAAGUUUCACAUGUUCAGAAGUAGCACUACCACAGAACAAAAAUGCUAAGAAGAAAAAGAGUAAGAUAGAGAACAAGAGAAGGUUCAGUGAUGAGCAAAUUAGAUCACUUGAGUGCAUAUUUGAGUCAGAGUCCAAGCUUGAGCCAAAGAAGAAGAUUCAGCUAGCAAGAGAUCUUGGAUUGCAGCCAAGGCAAGGUUUUAUAUGGUUUCAGAACAGAUGGGCAAGAUCACUUUUCCUUUUAAUGGUCCUUUAUAGAAAGCAUAUGGACUUGCCUCCUGAAUUUGACAGAUCACAAGUUUAGUUAAGGAUAUGGUUGGUAGAGAUGGAGAUCGCAGCCGUGGCCGAGGCCGAGGCCGAAAGGGGAGCCUCAGAUUCACAUGAUGCCUACUCUGGGUGUGCCAAGAUCAUGCACUCAACAAGCCAAUAAACCUUCCAACACUGCCUCACAUGGUGUGCAGAGUGAUCCAAGCUAUUUAAUUACUUUACUUUAAAUAUUUUGUAUUAUUAGUGGAUUGCAAUUUAAAUGAAUAUAAGUCUAAAUUUAGUUAUUUAUCUUA